AAAAUGCCUGGAAACAUCAUCCCAGAGCUGGCCGACGUGUCGUCUCCAAGUGAGGCUCGCACCCGCCUUACAAAACCCUUGGAGUACAGCGGUCUGUUGGACCCCUUCCAGAGCUCGGACUUGACUCCUGUGAUCGGCCGUGAAUACCAUGGGCUCCAAGUGGCAGAGGUGCUUGCUGCAAAGAAUAGUGAUGCUUUGGUUCGAGACAUUGCUCGUGGCGUGGUCUUCUUGCGUAACCAAGAUGUUACGCCGCAGCAGAUGCAAGCAUUCAUGGAACGUCUGACGACUCUUUCAGGUUGUUGUAGCNCUGAAUCAUCUGGCCUUCAUGUGCAUCCCUUGACUGAAGAGGGUAGUGAGUUGGGCGACCAGAUCAGUGUCAUCAGCUCCGAGAAGCAGAAGAAGGGAGGCGGUCUCACCCACCAGCUCAGUGAUACUACCCGCUUCGCUAGUGCUGGUUGGCACUCAGACAUUACCUUUGAACCAGUGCCCUCGGAUUAUGCUAUGCUCAAGAUCCACACGCUGCCACAAACCGGCGGCGACGAGCUGACGUAUAUUCAAGNNACACUUUGGGCGUCAGGCUAUGAGGUCUACGACCGCCUCUCGCCUGCCUUAGCUCAGUUCCUCGAAGGACUUACAGCGACCCAUGAGGCGAAAUUCUUCCAUGAAGAAGCUGCAAGACUCGGCAAUCCGCUUCGCACAACGAUCCGAGGUUCUCCUCUGAAUCAAGGACCANGCCUUGAGGCCGUACAUCCCAUCAUCCGUACGAACCCGGUGACAGGAUGGAAGAGCGUAUACGUGAAUCGCGGCUUCACACGUCGCAUCAACGGCGUUACCAAAGACGAAUCCGAUAUGCUGCUCCAGUAUCUUUCAAUCUAUCCGUGUCUUGUAACGCAAAAUCAUGAUGCGCAAGUCCGCUUCAAGUGGAACAAGAACGAUCUCGCGAUUUGGGAUAACAGAUCCACCUGGCAUACAGCAACAUAUGAUUACGAAGCUGCAAGAGCAGGUGACCGUGUCUGCUCACUGGGUGAGAAGCCUUUCCUUGACCCUGCUUCAUGCAGUAGGAGAGAUGCGUUGCGCUUUUCUUAG